AUGCAUCUGCCGCAGGAUUCCAGUGGAUUGAGCAAUUGGGGGAAGAUUGGCAACCUUUCCCAACUCAGUAGUGGUUUGCCCGAGCUGAGGUCCAGGCUGAGGGAAUUAACGUUUGCCGUGGCUUCUAGCGAUGGGAAAAGAAGACUUGAAGGUCUGAGUGUGGUAUGGUGUGUUUGGGGCGAGCGAAAGUUAACGACAGAGAUUACCUGCCAAUCGCAUAAUGACUGCCAAAUUAAGCCACUGGCAAGCUACCUCGGUGCCAAGGGUAUGCAGGGUAUAAGAAGAGGGGGUUUUGAGACAUCGGGCAAUAAUGCUAUGAGAAAGCCUAACGAUCAUGUUAGUAGCGUAAACAGUGUUUUUCAAUGGAAGGAAGGCCGAAAAAUACUAGUGAUGCGAACGCUAGCUUCAGAGUUUCAGAUCUUCCAGGUUGAGAUGUUGGUUGAUAGCAUUCAACCAGAUACUUUUAAACUUCGAAUGUUUCCUAAUUACAUAUUUUCCUCAAUGUCCGACUUCCAUGUGUUUUUUACCAAUAAUCUACUUACAAGAGUUGGGUAUACCCUAUGA